CCCGUAGCCUUUUGGUCUUGGCUUUAAUACGGCGGUACCAUUUGUCAGACAGAACCAGCUGAGACAGUUUGUGGUUGGGGUGACUGGUGUCCCCGAUGAUCUUCCAGGCCUUCUUACUGCACCUGCUGCUAUAAAUGUCUUCAAUGGAGGGAAGUUCACAUCCACCGAUGCACUGGGCUGUCCGCACCACUCCCUGCAGUGCCCAGCAAUCAAGGCUUAUACACAUAUAAGAAAUGGAGCCACAGCCAGACAGGAUGAAAACUCCAGCUUUUCUAGCUGACUUGGGCAAACCCACAUUACGGGGCAUUAAGAAGUGUCCAAAGUGUGGCACGUUCAAUGGUACUCGAGGGCUGAGCUGUAAGAAUAAAAGCUGUGGCGCUGUCUUCAGGGAUGGAGCUCGAAAGCAACAACCCAGUGUCGACGCAGUUCGAAUUGUGACCGGAUCUUCUUCACAGGUGUACUCUGUGAGGCUUCGGGAUCGAGGACCUGACUAUAGAGGCUUUGUGGAACUGGGCACGACUGAGGCAAUACAGACGGUGGAUGGGACCAUUAUCACCCACAUUACGGGCCGGUGUUUGGUCCCCACUUGUUUCAAAGUGUCUUCUCAAGGAGGUGCUGAGAAUCAGUGUCAGCACAUUAAGCUUGCUGUUGAGUGUCAAAUGGAGGCCACUCCACAUACUCUGAAGAGCUCUGUGCUGAACUCUCUUCAAGUGACCACUGAAACGAAGCAGGCCAUCUGGACCUUGGCAACAGAAUCGAGUGGGCCCCUGGUGCAACGGAUCACCAAAACCAUCAUGGUGGUGAAGUGCAAAGCUAGCCCGAAGCACAGCUUAGGGUUUCUGCAUGUCUCCUUCCAUGAGAAAACUAGGACUAGAGGCGUUAUGGAGCACAAGUUCCACUGCUCAUGCCAGGCAUUCAAAGCCAGCAAAUCAAGUACCAGCAAAGAGGAGACACCCAAACAUUGCAUCCACUUCUAUGCUUGUGUCUGUGCAUUUGCUAGUGAUGAGAAGUUAGGGCAAGAAUUCUCAUAUUUCAUCAACUUUGAUUCUGUAGGGCUUCAGCCAAAUUCUGAGCGGCGACUGCUGGCAGUUUAUCCCCAGGACUACACAGCUCAGGCUGGAGCCAAUGCCAUUUCAAAAGCAAAGAAGAGGAAAAAGGACGAUGUAAUGGUGGCGACCCAGCCCAUUGAUGAAUCACAAGUGAACCUAUCAUUUCAAGAAUGGCUCGCUAGUGUCACUGAACGGAUCAACCAGACUAUGCAUUACCAGUUCGAUGGCAAACCCGAGCCACUGGUGUUCCAUGUGCCUCAGGCUUUCUUUGAUGCUCUGCAGCAGAGGAUUUCCAUGGGCAGUAAAAAGAAACGCCUUCCCAACUCUACCACAGGAUUUGUUCGGAAGGAUGCAUUACCCCUGGGAACGUUCUCCAAGUACACCUGGCAGAUCACAAAUAUUCUUCAGAUCAAACAGAUAUUUGAUACCCCCGAGAUGCCACUGGAAGUUACCCGGAGUUUUAUUGAAAACCGUGAUGGCACCUAUGAGUUGUUCAAGUGCCCAAAGGUUCAGGUGGAAAACAUUGCUGAAGCUUACAGUCGAGUGGAAAAGCAGCCAACAAUUCGGCCGCUGGAACUCAAGACCUUCCUGAGAGUAGGGAACAUGUCCCCUGACCAGAAAGAACCCACUCCUUUUAUCAUUGAAUGGAUUCCAGAUAUUUUGCCUCGAUCAAAGAUUGGAGAAAUGAGGAUUAAGUUUGAGUACGGUCACCACCGGAAUGGACAUAUUGAAUAUCGAGAGCAGCAAACCUCCCCAGAACAAACUGUUGAACUCAGUCCUUCCCUAGCCACUGUCAAUAUUCACUGAAAUCUGGGCUUCGUGCGGUCUUCACUAAUACCACCUGUGCAGGUAGAGGAAUUAAAGAGAGUCCACCACAGCAUUCAAAUGGGACACAAAAGAAAGUCUGCAAGAUCCUGGAGUGUGGCUCAAAACUGCAUUCAUUUGGAACCUCUGGGUAGCAAACUCAUGGACUGAGUUGUAAGCCGCUUGACAUAUUUAAUCCUAUGCAAUUUCAGCCCAAAGUAUCAACAAUAUAGAGUAUGAAAAUACAUCAUAGUAUUUAAAAGAUUCAUUGCAUGAGCAUAUGAAUUUGUAUUUUGCUCAUUGCCUGGGAGACUCAAUAUACACAGACUGUGUAGUCAUUUUAACAUGUUCUUCGUAUUUGGCUUAAUUUUUCUAAGAUGUGCUUGUGGCAUAUAUACUUGUGACAAGGAUCCAAAGAAAGGUAUAUCUCAUCUCACAAAAGUAGGGAAUUUGUUAUUUAAAUUUGUCGUAUUUGUCACAAAGACAUUUUUACUAGGACGGUGACAAGACUGCAAGAGCGUACAGCUGAGGAGAAACAUUUGUUUCCUCACAGCCAUUUGACACCUGUGAUUCAUUUCUGUCAGGGAAAGAGGAGUACACUUUCUAAAAUGUAAAAUAAAAGCUGAAAAUACUCAACAGGUUAGGCAGCAUUGCUGGUAAGAGAACUCAAUUACCUUUCCACAGGUCUGGCGAAUCAAGAGAGAGGCUUCAACUUGCUGAUUAUUUUCAGCAUCUUAAGUCAUUCUGUUUGCAGAUUUUUGCUUUGCUUUGAAGCUUUCUAAAUGUUACUUUCAGAACUGAAUAGACAAGAAUUUUCAACUUUUUGGUAACUUUUUAAAAAGAUAAAUCAUUUAUAGUAUCUCCUGUCAGUGGUCUGUUUGUUGUGUGAACAGGAGACAGUGGGAACUGAGUAUUUCUGUGUUUAUAUCGUUGGGUCUUUGGAAUGUCUCAGAAUAUCUCACGUUUUUUUUGAGUGAAGCUGCUAUUCAACAGGAAAACAAAGUCCCACUAACUGCAAAUGAAACUAUUUGCAGUUUUUUUGUGUGGUUAGGGUUGGAUUGUUGACCGUGACAAUCUACUGCCUUUUGAAUCUUUAUACAGAAUCUAGUAUAUUCAUUUGUAAAGCACCUGUGGUCUCAUUUCAAAGGUGUACACUACCCUUCCAUACUGCAGUAUAUUGUCAACUAGGAUCAUUUGAUUAUAUACCAGAGUGCAGCUCAAACCUGCAACCUUCUAUCUCAGGGGAGAGAAUUAAUAGGAAAAGGUAGAUGGCCAUUUCUACUAAUUCUAUAGUGGGACCCUUUAAAAUGCAGCAUUUUUUAAGCUUGCAAUUUAUAUAGAACCGUUCACAAACUCAGGACAUCUGAAAGUGCUUUCAAGCCAAUUAAGUAUUUUGAAAGUUUAAACACCUUAGAUUUGUGUGGCAUUGUAGCAGCCAUUUUGUGAACUGCAAGGACACACAAAUACCAAUGAGAUUAUAACCAGAUAAUCUUAGUUUUAUCAUGUUGGUAAGGGGAUUAAAAACUGAUUUAAACAAGUAAAUUAGUGUGCUGUUUAAAAUAAUGCCAUGGAAUUAUCUACAAUCACUUUUUAAUAGCUUACCCUGAAGACUAUCUGUGACAGUGCAGCACUUCCUCAACAUUGCACUGAAAAGGGACCCUAAAUUAUAAAUUCAAGUACUCCCUAUCUCCACUCCUGGUUUAGGGAGAGUGUUAUCAUUUCCCAAGAUUUAGCACUUUACAUUAAAUUGAUACAACUACAACAUUUCUUGAUUCUUCUGGACUGGACAACAAGUUCCUCCAUACAUUCUAAUCCUAAAACCACUGAUUUAUUCUGAUGUUCCAGGCUUCACUGAUUUGAGCAUUGGGAUCCUAAAAUACAAUUCUGAUUUGGUGAAGCACUGAUCUCUGCUGCUUGUAAACUAAGAGUACACAAUCUAGGAGGCAGUAUAGUAGACAUGGUACAACAAUCUGACCCAUUUACUGCCACCAACUCAAGUUCCAGACUGGCUUGGCGUAGUGGUACCCAGAAGGGAGUGCCUUUUGCCAGCAGCUAAAAUGCCUGUAUUUGCUUUCUGUUACCCAAAUGUCUGAGUAGGCUUCCAAAGCUAUUGCUUUGUCAAAGUCACCCUGCAAAUUUGAGCUUGGCAGUCAAUAUAUUUUGGAGUGUAGUAGAUACUGUACUGCAGUCGGUUCUGUCAGAGAAGUUCCCAUGCUGAUAAGAGCAAUUACAACUCUUUGGAGUUUAAGCAUUUAAAUUCCUCCGUUCUAUUGUUCAGAUCACAGGAAGACCGAGCAAAGUUAACUGUGUUGACACUACUUUAUCAGGAUCACUUCAGAUUUCCAGAUUUCUAAUGGAUCAUGUUAUACAGUACCUCAAAAAACCAUGUGGAUGUACAGAGAGCAUUAAUUGGUUUAUUCCUGCCUGGCGAUUUUGAAACUGACAGUUUUGUGGGAAGUGCUCGGAAUAAAUUCUACCUACAUAAGGAAUUGUAUUUUGGUCUUCCAUCAUUGUGUCCUCAAAAUGCAAAGGGCUUUGCAUUCUCCCAAUUUUGUAGUUUGCUAAGUAAUUUUAUUUAUUUUUUGCUGACUGAAAAGAAAUACUACUAAGUGCAGAAUUGACAAUGUAGAGUGAGCUCACUCCUGUCCGCUUAUUUAUUUAUGUAUGUAUGUAUUUAUUUAUUUAUAGAGAGACCGUGCAGAAUCGGCGCUUUGAGCCACACACCUAGCAAUCCUGCAGUGUAAUCAUGGGACAAUUUACAACAACUAAUUAACCUACCAACAGGUAGGUCGUUGGACUGUGGAUGGAAACCAGAGCACCCUGGUGAAAUCCACGCAGUAACGAAAGAACAUACAAACUCCUUGCAGACAAUUGAACCCAGGUCACUGGUACUGUAAAGCGUUGUGCUAAUUACUAUGCUACCCUAUGGUGAGAUGUUAGCUGACACCUCUGUGGUCACCAUGGCAAGAUCAUUAUAAGGAAUUCACAUCUCUGCAUUCUUCAAAGUUCAAAGUAAAUUUGUUGUGUAAGUACAUGUUAGAUGUGACUUAACAGUAUAAAAUAUGGAUCAGUUGAUCAAAGGGAAAAUUUGAAAGGAAAGGGUUUGUUUUUGCCAGUGACCUGUUACUGCAGCUCCAAGCCAUUAGUUGGAAUUCCUCAGGAAGACAUCCGUGGUUCAAUCAAUACCAGCCCCCGCCAUAAUUAAGUCAGGCACUUGCUAUUUACAAAUGCUUGUAUAGUAUUCGGUUCCAUUCCUGGGAGUGUUGAUAAAGGAUCCCAAACUACAGUGAGUACAGUGAAUCAUUCCAUACUUUAGAGGUGGCACAGUAGUGUAGUGGUUAGCGCAAUCACUUUACAGAGCCAGGGAUUAAUUCCUGCCACCGUAAUGAGGUUAUAUGUUCUCCCUGUGACUGCACGGGUUUCCUCCAGGUGCUCUGGUUUCCUCCCACGUUCCAAGGGUUAGUGGUGGGUGUAUUGUGUUGGAACCAGAAGAAUGGGAACACUUGUGAGCAGAAUGUGCUGGUCAUUGAAGCACAACAGAUUUCACUGUAUAUAUGACAAAUAACAUUCAUCUUUAGGCAACAUUCACGCAUGGUCUGAUGAUUACACUGCACAACAAAGAUUUUGCUUUCUGAAUACUUCUGGAUGUGUCAUGGAUCUUGGGCUGCUAAUCAUGAAAAUCACCAUGAAAUUUCCCCAGCACACGCCAGUUUUUUGAAAUCUCCUUUAUUUGUUAUUUCAAUUCAUAAUUCAAGUCAGAGUAAUUGAUGCCAAGGUUAAGGAAUGGAUUUUAGUUGGUCCACAAAUCAAACAGGGCAUCAAUUUGAUUAAGUUCUGGUAGGACUGGAGAAAAUCACAUGGAAGGCAUUCAAGGAUGUUGUUGAAAAUUUUCUUGGCAACUACAGAACACCAAACUACGUGCUGCCGAUCAACAACAUGCUUCAAGCAUACAAAACCAUGAUGUGCAACUAGAGUGUCAUUUUCUGCAUUCCCAGUUAGACUUCUUCCCUGCAAAUCCUGGCCUUGUUAGUGAUGAGCAUGGUUACAGGUUUCACCAGAACAUUGCCGUCAUGGAGAAACGGUGUCAGGACAACUGGAAUCCAUCAAAUCUGGCUGAUUAUUGUUGGACACGUAAGCAAGAAGCUUCAGGCACUGAGUCCAAGUGAAAAUCAUUAACAAAACAUUCUUAGCCUAGUUCAAAGCAUCGGCACCGCCAUGCAAUUAAAAGGAUUAUAUUCAAUAAUAGUUAACUUCCUGUUUCUCCAAUUCCUAUGUGAUACAAGUAGUCUGAAAUUAUAUUUGUAUUCAGCUUCAAGUGGUCUAUCAUUGUGACAGAACAGGUUGGCAAUGCUAAUUCUCCUGCUAACCUUGCCCCUUAGUCAUUCCUCCUCGUUCUAUCCUUGGUCUAGUUUUCCCAGUAGUUCACACACUUUGCCCUCCCGUUCUGCAGUUCUUGGGAGUUUACCAUUUACACACACCAACCGUAAAACAAUCACUGGCUUGGCUUGGCUAAUCAAAACAAUCCCUUCAGUUAAUAUGCUUUGCUGGUUUAUAACUCAUAAAAAUAAGGAUUCUGGACACCGGCAUACCGAACAGUUUAAUUUAUUUUCACUCAUACCGUUACAUUGGUUUGUAAACAACCAGACGGCCCCAAAAGACCUGAGGGACAGUUUGGGGCAUCCGAAAAUAAUGCCUGGGUUAGUGGGAACAGGCCUUAGUUGGCUUUGUUGAGGGGUGCAGAGGUUGGAGGACAGUUAUAUUGGAAAAUUAAUGACAAAGUGGGGCGUACAGAAAGCCUUUGUAUAUUUGUAAAUUUUUGUAUGUUUGUUUUCAUUUGUCUAUUUGUAAUUUUUUUUCUUCACAGCUUUUGCCUUUUUUUAACCUGGCACUAAAUAAAACCUCUUGCACUAAUGUGCUGUUGUUUUUUUUCAACUGGUGACCCUAGUCAUAUACGC